CGCUCGCAGGGCUGUGCUAGCUCUUAUGUUUUGCUGCUGUUUGCCUGCUCUGCUGCUGCGCCUCGAUUAUCAUGAAACCUUCAACUCUUCCAAGUAUCAUCACAACUCUCGCUAUGUAUUUAAUUUCCCCGCCUCUAUUUCCAUUCAUUUAAUCGAUUCUACACGAGUGGCCUUGUGUAGAUUUAUAAUUGUUCUUUCUUUUUUCUGCAUAGUUUCAGCUCCAAUCAGCUCUCGAUUUUUUAUUAAUAUUUUCUACUAGUCGAGACCAGUACUAUCUUGUUAAUUGAUGUUAACGCGCGCUGUCUGUUUAGUUCAUUUUAUAUCUCGUUCAAACUAGUCAUUUGAAAGCAUUCCACAUUGGCAGCUUUCGAUAUGGCUGACGUCGAAGAGCCUAAGUUUAACUCUCUUGCAGAUCGGAUCGCAGCUCUGAACGGCCAGAAGAACUUCACUGCUCCUCCUUCCACUAAACGACCUCCUCCCCCACCACCUCCCGGCGCCAGAAAGUCCACAUCCCAAGCUCCAAUUCCAAAUGACAAUGGAAUCGCCCGUCCGCAAAUUCCGCAAAACCCUAACCUACCUCCGCGACCGCAAAAGCAAAACUCACCCAGUCUACCCCGACGAACUAAUACAUCAGAGUCGGUAGCAGAAACUCCUUCAAGCCUCUCAGGGCGUGAUGCGCCACCACCGCUCCCGAAUCGUCGAAGCUCUACUCAACCAUCGCCAGCUUUACCUACUCGUAGACCCUCGGCGCAACCAUUGCAUAACAGGAGAGGCUCCAACUCCUCCGAAGUGUCCCAUAUCUCAACCAUUUCGAAUCUAUCGUUGAACCCCGUUUCCUCUCGCACAAGCACAACGUCGACCGAAACACAACCUACGCGACGAGUUCUCGCUCCAUCAUUCGACCAAGCCAAGUUGCCACCUCUCCCGCCAUCGAGAAAGGAAAAAGAGGCACAAGCGGCCAAAGAAGCCGCAGAGAGAGAAGGGACUGAAGAUACUAAGGCGCCUCUUCUAUCAACCCGUUCUGCCCCGGUGGUACCCCAGACUGGUUCGCGACCCAGCUUACCACCUAGGCUACCCUCUAGGCCUACUCAUUCACCUAGGCCUACUCAUUCACAAGUCAGCGACAAUCCUUCGGUAGCGCCACGUCGUCUUCCACCCCCACCUACAGGAUUCGUACGUCCAGGAACGACCUUCGAAUCCUCCCGAAAGCCUAGCCUGCCUGGCCCAAGACCAAGCAGUGAAGCUCCACCGCCAGUUCCAAUCAGCUCGCGACCUACAUUUGCUCAAAUUGAUGCAGUUGCCGUACGUACGAGCAAUGACUGUCUACUCUGCCGAGAUUUUUCAGCACCGGAUAGCGUAGCUGCGCAGUACCCCAACCAUUCGCUUCCUAGGCAUGACCCGGUUGGCUAUCUAGCAAACGCUUUAUGCGGUCCGUUCCCGUCAGCUACUGACAAAGCAAGAGCCAUUUUCACGUGGUGCCAUCAUAAUAUUGCUUACAACGUAGAGGAAUUCUUUGGGAAAUGCAUCAAGGGUAGAAGCGCGGACGAAACCAUCUUUUACGGUAAGGCCGUUUGUCAGGGUUAUGCAGAAGUAUAUCAAGCCAUUGCCAAACGCGCGGGGUUGCAAUGUAUCGUAGUAGGUGGUCACGGAAAGGGCUACGGCUAUAAACCACUCGCGAAAGGCGAACGCCCUCCUCCUAAGGAUGCUACAGGCCAUGCCUGGAAUGCUGUCUGCAUAGAUGACGGGGAAUGGAAGCUCCUCGAUGCAUGCUGGGGUGCGGGCUCGGUAGGCAACGAGCAGUACAAUAAGCAUUUCACGCCUUAUAUGUUUACUCUGAGUAACGAUCUCUUUGGACUCUCGCACUACCCUUCAGAUGACCGGUAUUUUUUCCGGAAUGACGGUCGUAUCCCUUCUUGGGAGGAGUAUUACAUUGGGCCGCUAAAUGGCGAACCUGCUGAAGUUUUUGGCAAUGUAACUGAUGAGGGCAUCUCCAAGUUUAACUUCAGCCCUAUGGAGAAGCAUAUCCCCGUAUAUAGCGGUGGGAUGGUGCGAUUCCAAUUUUCCAAGAUAUGCGAGCAUUGGGACCCUGAGCGGCACGGCAGGGGUAAAAGCUAUCUACUUCUCAUGAAAAUUCACGGGUUAGAUGGCAGGAAGGAAGAUCUGGUACCGGUAGAAACAGACGGGUUCUGGUGGUGGAUAGAUAUCCCGGCAAGGGACUUGGGUGCUCCCGGCCAGACCAUCUUCUUAUAUGCGCUGACGACACUCAAUCAAAAGGACGCCAGAGGUGUUACGAAGGAAGAGUAUUACCGAACAAAAAAUAGCGGUUGCUAUAGUAUGAAUUGGGGUAUUUAUAUGAAAUGGGAACUGAUAUAGACAUAGACAUUUGACCGGAUCUAGGAUGAAACAAUUACUCUAAUGAGCGGUAUAUACCCAGCAAUAACACAAAGAUUUUUAAAUAUAAUGC